AUGUUCCGCGCUCGGCCAAAACACGCACGACCCGGGAAACAUAGCCCGCGGUCGGCCAAGCUUCAAGCGUCACGCCAGCCGCGCACGACCAAGCGCGCGAGCCGGGAAACAAAGCCUCGCGGCCGCGCAACCCUCGCGUGCCACGGCCGAUGCAUCCGUCCGAGCCGGGAAAGAACGUCCCACGUCCGGCCGAGAAUUUCAUCGGCCAAAUCAAUCCGCUCGACCACGCCGGCCGACCGCGAAUCAUCCGACCCCGACCGUUCCGACUCGCCCACGACCGAUGUCCGGCCGAUCGUCCCGCACGACCGUCCCAACGCCGCGGUCGACCCGAAGCCCUUUUGA